AUGGCCAGCCCCUACGCCCAGGAACUCCAACUUGCAAGCCUAGCAGUGCAACGAGCAGCCCUCAUUACAAGGAAACUCCUCUCAGCUGUCGACAAAGGCGCUCUAGACAAAAGUGAUGCCUCUCCGGUAACAAUUGCCGACUUCGCUGCACAAGCCUCAAUCAUCGCGGCGAUCCACCACGUCUUCCCAAACGACGAGAUCGUUGGUGAAGAAGACGCAGCAGCCCUCCGCGAGAACCCAGUCCUCCUCGAACGAACCUGGGAACUAGCAACCGAAACCCACCUCGAUGAUGAAGCCAGCGAGGCUCUCCUCCACACCCCGCAGACCCGCGAGGAACUCCUAGACCUAAUCGAUCUCGGCGCAAAGGGCAACUGCACCCCCACCAGUCGAACCUGGACCCUGGAUCCCGUGGAUGGCACAGCAACCUUCAUCCGCGGCGGGCAAUACGCUGUCUGUCUCUCCUUAGUAGAGAACGGCCACCAAAAGAUCGGCGUGCUAGGCUGCCCGAACCUACGGGCAUCUGGAUUCGUCGCCGAGACACUCGUCGACCGGGAUGGCCACGGACAGCUCCUUGCCGCAGUAGCCGGCCAUGGUGCAACCAUCCAGCCCAUGGGCCCUGGCGCUCUCCUCUCCUCUAGACCGCUCGAGAAGAUCCCGCAGAUCACAGAUACCUCCGCGGUGCACUUUAUCGAUACGCAGGCUGCCACCACGCAGAACCUAGAAGUCCACGGGCGCGUCGCAGCUAGUCUGGGCGCUCCAUGGCCGAACCCGGUUGACCUGUGGUCAGCGCAAAUGCGUUAUGUUGCCAUUGCAGUGCAGGGCGGGUGUAAUGCCUUCAUUAAGGUGCCGUUGAGUAAAAAGUAUCGGUCCAAGAUCUGGGAUCAUGCAGGUGGCAUGCUUAUUGCACAGGAGUUGGGCUGCGUGAUUUCCGACCUUGAGGGACGUGCUGUGGAUUGUUCACAGGGCCGGACUUUGGCUGGGUGUUAUGGUAUGGUUGUUGCGCCGGCUUCGGUUCAUCAGCGGGUUCUUGAGGCUGUUAGAGUGGCGCGGGGUCUAUAG